AUGGCCAGCACACACACGGCCAUGAUACUUGCCGCUUUCUCAGCAGAUGACGCACAGCAUACAGGAGUUGACAAAGAACUCCAAGCCUUUACGAUGCUGUUGCUCAUGCUUGAAAGUGAGGACGCCUACAUGGAAACGGUCACAAUCGACCAAGGCUACGGCAAAAUCAGCACCAAGAAGCGACGACACAUCGCACGCCUUAGAUCCAUGUGGGCCGCGUGCUACCACGACGAAAUUGGGUUCUACGAUACAGCGAAGCCUGAAAAAUUGUUUAACGGUGGCGACAACUAG